AUGGCAGGAGCCAGCUCCAUGCCAGGCCUGGUACCAGAUCUCCUGAGAGCAAGCUUAGGGGCCCAAGGUUGGGCAGGUGGUAGGAAGAGGACCUUCAGGGAGGAGGCCCAGCAGGUUGCCAGCUCCCAUACUGAGCUUGUUGCUGGGGCCAGCCUGAGUAUCUUGGAGCUGGAAGUUGUGGGCCAGGGCCCGGAUGCAGUGCCUGGCCCCCAGUUCCACACGCAGGUGUGCACAGUGCCUGUUCGGAGGAGGGCUCAGGCCUCCAAGAGGCUCCAGGUUUCUCUGCACGACAUCUUAUCUGAGAAUUGCCCCAGAAAUCUUUGUAGCAUGUCUGGGUGUCUUCCAAAGAGAGCUGUGAUUGACAAAGAGAGGCCAGCAGGGGUGGAGGAGGUGAGCUGUCCCAGGCCCAGAGAGGCUAGAGAUGUUGGAAUGAGUUCUCCAGGGUGUGAUGGAAGAAGCCCCACACUCAACAAGGACCCCCCUGAAAGGAGCCUGCCGUCCUCACCAGGCCCAGCCCCCAAGAGGGCAAGAAAGAAAAGCAAGAAAUUUGGAGCCUGUUCAGAGGGUGAAGAGGGGGCUGAUGGCUUCUUGUUGCUUGAUCAGCUCUCUUGGGGAGGCCCUCCCCAAAGCACUGACCUGGAGUCCUUGGAAGGCCCCCACAGACCCCUCUCUCCUGAGGACACCGGGUCUGGGUCUGGAGAUCGAGGUGGACAUUGGGUGGGAUGUGAUGUGGGGAUUGAGAAUUUUUGGGAUGAGGCCAAGCUGGGCUGCCCCGCUGGCCCUGUUGGUUCCCUAGAGGCCAGAGGAAGAGAGGCCCUCAGUGCAGCUGCACAGUCCCCUCCACAGAGCCCUGCAUUGUGCUUGGGAGCAUCUGGACAGGCUUCUUCCGCAGAGCAGAACGAAGUUGAGCACACUAUGGGGGCUGGUACUGCUGAAGGCCCUGCCACGUUACAUGACCAGAAGGAGCUGGAGGUCAAGGCUCAGCCAGCAUCCAGGGGGAGGCUGGGGCAAGGACUCACUGUCCCCGCUGGCACCCAUGCCAGCUCUCCGGAGCCCUUGGGCAGUCUCAGCCCCUCCCUGGAGCCUGCAGCCAGCGAGGCCUGCUCGGGCUCACUCACAGGGCAGAGAAGUUCUGAGUAUGCUAAGGAACUGAAGAGGGACCUAGUGCCUUGUGCCCGAGAUCAGAGCACAGACAGACGCUCAGACAGCUCCAACCAGGAUGAGCCAGAGGAAUCCCGCUCCGGAGGCUGCCCCAGACCGCAGGAAGUAAAAAUGCCCCAGGGGGCGAAGCUUGUGUGUUAUCUAUGUUCCGGGGCAGUGAUCCAGCUCCUGGGGGCCAUCAGCCACCAGCAGGCAGGGGGGCAGCUACGGCCAAAGCUGGAGGCUCUGGAGGACUUGAUGGAGGUCACCUCAUCCUUAGCUGCCCAGAGACCCAGAAGGAAGGAGAGGCCCAGAAGAAAGGGAAGGCCCAUGUCUCAGGGCCCUGCUGGGUGCCAGGUUUUCCAGCUGCCUCCUUCAGGAGGUGCAGCAGGGGACUCUGGGAACCUCUUUGAUAAUUUUGACCUUAUGAGAAGCUGCUCCCCACCCCUCAGGGACCCGACCUCGGAUACCGAGUGUCCUCAGAGUGGCCCAGUGGAGGCUGAAGAGGAGGAGCCUCUGCAAGAGGGAGCAGAGGACUCAGCUCAGCUCCAGCCCCAACAGGAGGAGCUACCCCUGGUUAUCAAGAUUCGGGGCACUGUGGCCCGGGCUAUGCAGGAGGUGCUGUGGAGUCGCCUCCAGGAGCUUCCAGACCUGGUGCUGCAUGAGGAGGUGGUAGAGAGUGUUGCAGCCAGCAUCGAAGCAGCCCUCUUUGACCUGACACAAGGCACCAACUGUCGCUAUAAGACCAAGUACCGCAGCCUACUGUUCAACCUGCGAGACCCCAGGAACAUGGUGAGCAGGGCCAUGGCAGGGCCAGGCUGGCCCUUCAAGGCUCAAAGACCUGGGAGGACAUUGGUGGGGGCCCUUGGAGUGAUGUGGUGCAGCCCCUGUCCCCUCCUGCAGGAUCUGUUUCUCAAAGUGGUUCAUGGAGAUGUCAGCCCCCAUGACCUGGUGCGGAUGAGCUCAAUCCAGCUGGCCCCCCAGGAACUGGCCCGCUGGCGGGACCAGGAGGAGAAAAGGGGCCUGGAGAUCAUUGAGCAACAACAGAAGGAACCAUGCAGAUUUCCAACCUCCAAACUGACCCACAAGGGUGAGGUCGAGAUCCAGCGGGACACAGACCAGACACUGACCCUGGAGGACCUGGUGGGACCCACAGUGCCCAUGGACUGCAGCCCAUCAGCCCUGCCUGCCGCACUAGAGGACACCACGGAACAGCAUGAGCACCACUUUCCAGACCCCAACUGCCGCAUCUGCAUGGACUGGAAGCCCUUGAGUGAGCUGUCAGGCUCCUUCAAAGCUAUCAGGGGCAAGGAGGACGGUGUCUUCCAGAGACCCCCAAGCCUGGCUCCUGUGUCUUCUCCAGAGAUGCCUGAAGCCAGGGAGAUGUUUCCCAUGGAGCCCCAGGACAGGGCCCCAUCACCUAGGCUCCAGAUGCCUGCUGCACCCACAAAGGCCCUGCCUUGCCAGCCCCGCUGGGAGGGCACUCUGGACAUGUUCUCCAUCAAGCGGUUCCGGGUCAGGGCCCAACUGGUCUCGGGACACAGCUGUCAACUUGUACAGGCUUUGCCCGAGGUUAUUCGCUCAGCAGGCUGCAUCUCCCCCAACACUGUCUGGGAUCUCCUGGUCAGCAUCAGCCCAGCCGAGGCCAAGGAUAUCUGCGUGGUCAGAAUGUGUCCACAUGGUCCACAGGACACCCAGAACUGCCACCUGCUCUACUCCUAUCUCAACAACAAGCAGUGCCACAGCCUAGCUGCUGUGGAGCACAUGGGGGUGGUCCUGGUGCCCCUGCCAGCUUUCCAGCCUCUGCCCUCCAGACUGCGCCCUCUGGGGGGCCCAGGUCUAGAAGCCACUCACUCAAGUCUGUUGCUGGCUGUGCUGCUCCCUAAGGAAGGACUUCCAAACACAGCAGCGUCUAACUCCUUGUGGGGGAAGGUUAGAAAGAUGGUCUCCUUCAACAGGAAAGUGGAGAUGAGAUACUAUAAGCCAGAACACAGGAGGCCAGAUAGGGCCCUGAAGAGCUCCCCUCCCCCAAAGAGUGCCCUGCAGCAGAGUCAGGGGAAGGGCAGUCUGACUCCAACGGGCAUUUCUGCUUGUCAGAGGCUCCCCAGAGGCAGGGGGAAGCUGUGGGCAGAGCCUGAUAUCUGCCAGCGUCCUGGGCGAGGGUGGUGGCCCUCAGAACCCAGCUGGUGUCUGUCCCAGCAUCCCUAUUCAGCAGCAGCAGCUGCCCACAGUUUUGGCCACGGCCAGCACCUCCAUAGGGCCUCCUGCCCCCAGAAAGCCCUGCUCCAGCACCUCCAAUCCCUAGCGACUAUAAGCCACCAGCUCCAAGCCUCACUGUGGCCCCUAGGCCAAGAUCUCCUUCCCAUACCCCCUGCAGCAUCUACCCAGCCCCCUGUACCUUCAGAGCUCCUUGGCCCAGCCCCUGACUCCUCUUUGAGCCCUGUAGAUGGAGCUGGCUCUAGUGUCUCCUUCCUAGAGAGGCUUGAUCCUCCUUAUCCACCAGAACAAGGGCUUUGAUUCCCUCACUAGUGCUGAACCCUGAGCUGUUCCAGAGAGAGAUAGGGUGAUGGGAUAGGA